AUGCAAACUACCACUUUUAUCGAUGUAUCUGAUAUAUGUGGUAGAGAUGUUGAGAAGAAUUGUUUAAUUAACAAGUUAUUGUAUGAGAGUAGUGAACAAAACCUCCAGAUCAUCUCACUUGUAGGGAUGGGAGGAAUUGGAAAAACAACUCUCGCUCAAUAUGUGUACAAUAAUGGUGAUGUAAAGAGCAAUUUUAACAUCAGAAUAUGGGUGUGCGUAUCAGAUCCUUUUGAUGAGCUCAUGAUUGCCAAAGCAAUUAUUCAAUCUCUAGAAAAUUCUAGUACUCCUAUUGUAGGUGAUCUACAAUUUCUUCUUCAACGUAUUCAUGACUCUAUUGCGGGUAAUAAAUUUCUUCUUAUUUUAGAUGAUGUGUGGAAUGAAGAUUACAAUAAAUGGGAACCAUUCUAUAAUUGUUUGAAGAACGGUCUCCAUGGAAGUAAAAUUUUAAUUACCACGCGUAAAGAGUCGGUUACACGUAUUAUGAAGUCAAUUGAUAUUAUCAAUGUUAAAGAAUUGUCCUAUGAAAAGAAUUGGGAACUAUUUAGGAGGCUAGCUCUUUCAGAAAGACCUGCUCAUGAGUGUGAAAAAUUAGAAGAAAUUGGUAGGGAAAUUGUUAAGAAGUGCAAGGGGUUACCUCUUGCUACAAAAACCAUCGGAAGUCUUUUGCAGUUUAAAAGGAGUAGAGAUGAAUGGCAACGUGUUUUGCAUAGUGAGAUGUGGAAAUUAGAGGAGAUUGAAAAGGGCCUUCUAUCCCCUUUGAUGUUGAGUUAUAACGAUUUGCCAUCCUCAAUAAGAAAAUGUUUCUCUUAUUGUGCUAUCUUUUCAAAAGAUCAUUGUAUAGAAAAAGAUAAAUUAAUUAAAUUAUGGAUGGCACAAGGUUAUUUGGGGUUAGAAAAAGAUACAAAGUUAGAGACAAUAGGUGAAGAGUAUUUUCACCACUUAGCAACACGAUCGUUCUUCCAAGAAUUUUCAAAAUAUGAAGAUGUUGUAGCAAACUAUAAUAAAGAGAGCUAUAAGAUGCAUGAUAUAGUGCAUGACUUUGCGCUAUUUUUGAGUAAUGGUGAAUGUCUUGCUGUAGAAGUCAAUAUUGGUGAUAAUGAUCCAUUUAUAAACUCUUCUAACAAAAAUGUUCGUCAUUUAAUAUUAAAGGUUAAUGAAGGGGUUCCAUUUCCCAAGUCCAUUUGCAGUAUCAAAAGUCUACGUAGUCUCAUCAUUUUUUAUCAUGACAACAGAGAUAAUGCAUUGUUCGGUGGUCAAAAUUUAUGUGAAUUGACAUGUUUAAGGUCAUUGAUGUUCCAUGGAUUUGGAGUUAAAGAGAUUCCAAAAGAAAUAAAAAAUUUAAUUCACUUAAGAUAUCUCUAUUUGGGUCUGCAAAGUAUAGCAGAGUUACCAGAAAGUUUGUGUGAAUUAUAUAAUUUGCACACUUUAGACAUUAAUCUUUGUUAUGAUAUAGUUGAAUUACCUGAAGGGAUAGGGAAAUUAGUAAAUUUGAGGCGAUUAAUAAAUGAUGGGUGUCCGUCACUACUUUACAUUCCGAAAGGGAUUGAGAAAUUAACUGGUCUUCAAACAUUGAGCGAAUUCGUUAUAAGUAGUGAAGGUGAUAAUGACAGCAAAGCAUGUAGUCUCGAAGGAUUGAAAUUUUGA